ACAUCAUAUCGACACUUGGAAUUGUGAAACCCCGGCACGAUGAAGGUGGUGUCGCUAGUGAGUGGCGGCAAGGAUUCCUGCUACAACAUGGUCCUGUGCCAGAAGUACGGCCACGAGAUUGUGGCGCUGGCCAACCUGUUGCCAUCCCAGGCGUCCGACGACGACCUGGACAGCUACAUGUACCAGACGGUGGGCCACCAGCUGGUGGCCGCCUAUGCUCAGUGCAUGCACCUGCCGCUGUACCGCCGCGCCAUCACCGGGCAGUCGACAGAACAGCGGCUGGUGUACGAGGAUACGGCGGGGGAUGAGGUGGAGGACCUGUACUGCCUGCUGGCCUUUGUCAAGCAGGCGCACCCAGACGUUACCGCGGUGGCCUCGGGGGCCAUCGCCUCGGACUACCAGCGCACGCGUGUGGAGCGCGUGUGUGCCCGCCUGGGCCUCGUCUCCCUGGCCUACCUGUGGCACCAGCCUCAGGCGGUGCUGCUGCGGCGCAUGAUCGAUGCCCAAGUCGACGCCAUACUAGUGAAGAUAGCGGCAGCGGGGCUUACCCCUGCCAAGCACCUGGGAGCCCGCCUGGCCUCGCUGCCGGCACAGCUUCACGCGCUGCGCCGCCUGUACGGCAGCAACGUGUGCGGCGAGGGCGGGGAGUAUGAGAGCCUGACGCUGGACUGCCCUGCCCUCUUCACCCACGGACGCAUCGUGCUGGACAGCUGGCGGGCGGUGGUGGUCUCCCAGGACAGCCUGGCGCCCGUGGCGCUGCUGCACCCCACAUCAUUCCAUGUGGAGCCGCGG